UCGAAACUUCUCACGUUUGCAUACCUCGCCUACUAAUAUAACUUAAUAAAUUUCUAUAUAUUUUUAACUAUUUAGUUUAUAAUAUUACAUUCUAAUAUAAUAAAAAACUAUUAUUAACUCAAACUGAUUAAAAACUUCGUAAAUAAAACAAUGAUGCUUAUAUGGUACUUUGUUUUCUAUAAGCAUCUUGCCUAACAAUCGAGACAAAUGUUAAUUGUUUUGUCUGACUUGGCCGUAUUAACUUGAGCUAUCUACGAACUCGCCUUAAUCGACUGAGCAGUGCGUCUUCUUUUGAAGAAAAGUACUAAAGUUUAAAAUGGUUAAAGUUGGAAUAAAUGGAUUUGGGCGAAUAGGGCGCCUUGUUUGUAGAGCUGCUUUUGAGCAUCCUGAUAUUGAAAUUGUUCAUAUAAAUGAUCCUUUCAUUGAUCUUGAAUACAUGGUUUAUAUGUUUCACUAUGACUCAACUCAUGGCAAAUUUAAGGGUGAGGUAAAACAUGCUGAUGGGAAACUGGUAAUAAAUGGAAAAAUAAUUUCUGUUUCCAUGAUUAGAAACCCAAAAGAAAUACCAUGGGGUACUGCAGGAGCUGAUUAUGUUGUUGAAUCGUCAGGUGUUUUCACAACAUUAGAAAAAGCUGGAGAGCACAUACAUGGUGGUGCAAAAAAAGUUGUUAUCUCAGCUCCAUCUCCUGAUGCUCAAAUGUUUGUAAUGGGUGUUAAUGAGGAUUCUUAUGAUCCUAAAGUUCACCAUAUUGUGAGCAAUGCUUCAUGCACCACUAAUUGCCUUGCUCCUCUUGCUAAGAUUAUUCAUGAUAAUUUUGGUAUUGAAGAAGGCCUAAUGACAACCAUUCAUGCCACAACUGCAACGCAAAAAACAGUUGAUGGUCCAUCAAUGAAGGAAUGGCGUGAUGGGCGUGGUGCUAGCCAAAAUAUUAUUCCUGCAGCUACUGGAGCUGCAAAAGCUGUUGGCAAAGUUAUUCCAGAAUUAAAUGGCAAGCUAACUGGAAUGGCAUUCCGUGUACCUGUUGCAGAUGUUUCUGUUGUUGAUCUAACAGUUCGGCUUAAAACUCCAACUAGCUAUGAUCAAAUUAAAGCCAAAGUAAAAGCUGCAUCUGAGUGUCCAACACUUUCUCGUUAUAUAGGCUAUACUGAAGAUGAGGUUGUUUCUACUGACUUCAUUGGAGACACUCGAUCAACUAUUUUUGAUGCUAAAGCAGGAAUCUCUCUUAAUCCUCAAUUUGUCAAACUAGUUUCAUGGUAUGACAAUGAGUAUGGCUACAGUCAUCGUGUGUGUGAUCUUAUUAAACAUAUGGCUUCAAAAGAAUGACUUUAUUCGGCGCUUUAAGACGACGAAUUAUCUCAGCAACAUUUAAAUUUUUGUAUUUUUCUUUUCUUUUUUUUCCCAUCUUCUUGUUGACGUUAUUAAAAAUAUUAUCUAUGUGUUAAA